CAGAGUGGAGCAAUUGAAACGACAUCCAAGGAUCAGAAAGCUGAUAAUGAUGACGAUAAAUUAACAAUGAAUGAUUCCAAGGUGGAAUGGAGUGAUCAGGAGAAGAGACGUCUUUUAGAUGCUUUAAAAAAGUAUGUUAACCCUCUAACCCCUAAGAGUGACUGGCAUCUAAUUUCUCCUCACAAUAUCACCCCUGAAUAAAACAUUAAGGUCAUGAGAAUAAGGGAAAUGAUCAACAACUAAAGAAGCUUGUGAUUGUUAAACAAAUUCUCCUUUUCAGAACCUUAAGAAAAUGUAUAGAGAAAGUAUGGAGAAUAUGCAUACUGAUGUUAGAGUGUAAGUGGGCCUAACCCUUUGACUCCAAAGAUCUGAUUGUCAAUUCUCCCCAUAAACUGCUAUACAUCUCCUAACCUUAUAAAUUAGCUAAAAGAAUUUGGUUUUUUUAAAUCAAGAGAACAACCUCUGCCUGAGGGGUUGGAAUAUUUUCAUUACAUGUUUGCUGGAUAAUGUCUGGAUAAGUUAGUGAGAUAGUACAUGUUAAUCACUUCUAGGAGUUUAAGGGUUUAGAUGCAACCAUUGAAAACAAAUGCGUAUUUCAUAAGGGCCCCCUUAAUUUUUUUGGUCAUUUUGGAAAGAUCACUCAUUGUAAGUUACUGAAGUUCUGCCAGUGCCUUUGCUUGUUCUAGCAUAACUAUCAUUUGCUGUCUCCAAGCAGCUGUGUAUUCCCUCCUUUUUCUAGUAAUUAAGCCAUGAGUAACUUAAUAUUGUUUUUAUUUUUCUUGUUUUAACCUUUCUGUCAUUUAUCAGAUUUAAAGAGCAAAAAUAAUAAGCCAUAUUAAUGGUUUUGAAAUUUAUUUCUGUCUCAAUAAUGCUUUUUAUUUAAUCAGCUGGAGGCUGACAGUUAUGUUGUUAACAUACUUCAGGGUAAUGUGUGUGAAAUAUUACUUUCAUUCAAUUUGACACAGAGAUGAGGGAAAAAACAACUGGCGUUGGAUUGCAAGACAAGUGAAAACAAGAACAACAGCACAGGUUAAUUAGAAUGCAUAGCAUUUUGAAUUUUGUUGUUUAAUUUUCUUGGCUGAUGAAUUGAGCUGCUGAUUGACAUUCUGUCAAUCAAGUUAAAAAUGUUAUCUAACCAUCAUUAUUUCUACAUACAUGUUUUGUGUCUGAGUAACAGGCAAGAGAAGCUUAUGAAAUAUUUUUCUGCAGGUGAAAGACUUUGCUUCAAAACUCAGGACAGAAAAGCAAGGUUUGUCAACUUAUCAAGUGAAGAAGUUAUAUUGAAAUCAAAUUUUGAAAAUCAUGCCUUAAAAUUUCCUCAUUUGUCGGUCUUCUGUGUUUUUUUGUUCAGCAUCCAACAAGAGACCAAUUGCACCAAAAGAUGACAGUCCACUUGAGGUAUUAAAAAACUUAUUUCAUGGAAAAUGACAUGACUUUGUGUAACUUUCUGUGCUGCUGAAUUUGAAUGUUAUUUUUUUAUUAUUAUGUUGUGUGUCAAGGCAUGGAUUAAUGUGACAAAGAGACUGAGAGGUGACAGUGAUGUAGAUGGGACUUGUAUUCCUCAGGUAUGAAUUCUCCAUUUGGCUUGUUAAACAUUUACAGUACAAAUAAGCUUAGUACAUGUGAAGAUUUAAGUUAUUCUUUCAUAUUCCUGCAUCAAGCUCCUUAAUGAUGGUUUUUGUAGAUCUCUUUAUUGAUCUUGAAUUAUCAAGCUGAUUAAAGGAUUGUUAACUGCAAAUUCGGUGAACUUUUUGGAUUUUUAAGCGUAGCCACUAGGAAUGACUAAGAUCUUUCCUAUGGGUGGGAGGUAGUAUUCUUAAUUAAUCUCAUGCAUAGCUCCUUUGUAUGGCAUUUUUUAUGAGAGUGUGAAAUAAUGUAGAGAUUUAAAAUUUAGCUCACAAUGAUUUAAAUCUAUUUGACCUAUAUGUCCAACAAAAUUGUACAUGUUGUUGUAUAUUUCCAUUAAGUCAAACACAGUGGUACAUGAUGCUGUAGAUUCAGAUUAAGUAUAGUCUCAAAUGGGUGUAGUCAUUUUUAAUUUUACAUCAUUUUGUUUGUUUUUCCCUAUUAAGUACUUUAUUUGAAAAAAAUCUGAGCAACAUUGCCAACAAGACAUAUAUGCAACUGCAAGCAUAAUCUUUUUUGAAGGUGUCUCUGAUCAACCUUAAAAUGUUGAUAUGGUUGCAAAAAGAAAAGUUCCAUUUCCAAAAGGAAAAAGAGUAUUAUGCAAUGUUGCAUGACAUACUAUCACUACUUUCUUACCCUUAAAGAGUAAGUGAGAGGACUUAUAGCAUAGUGGUGUGCCAAUGAAGUUUACCUUAAAUUCUUACUUUACUAUAAUUCUUUAGUUACUUUAUUACAAGACUGUAUACAUUUCCCUGAUGAAUAUUUUUGGAAAUUCUAAGACCAAUUGGUGACUGAUUUGGUUUAAACUGUGUGCUCCUGCUGCUAAUUUAAGGUUAAACAGCUAUAGAUAUAAGGUAGACUAAAUUUAUAUGAGAAGCCACUGAGAAUGGAAAGGCAUCCUCCCAAUGCCUUUUACAACAGAAUCAAACUGCAGAAACAACACCAUCUGAAGAAUUGUUGGAAAAGGAAAUUAACAGCUGCAACAACCAUGUUGACCCUGGUAUGGAGAAAAGUGACGAAAAUAAAGAGGAAUCACAGGAUCCAGCAGGUGGAAGCACAGAUGAAAAUCAAACUGGUCCAGGAUCCAAAAUCAACCAUGACAAAAACAACCGUGAGACAGGCUAUAUUAUGGUAAGACUGUGAGGAUAUCAAACCUAACUGCACCAAGCAAAAUACUUGUCAGCACCAAAAUUUUUCCAUUUAGAAUUUAAUGCUGAUCGGGGUUCACUUCAUACAUGGUCUAUGUGAUGUUAUUAGAAUGUAGAAAAACUACAUACCAGUACUUCAUGGUUUAAAGCUGCAGUUAAAAUAGGCAAAAUGAGUAAAGUGAUUUUAAAACUAUGGGGUCUGUUGGUUCUUUUUUUUUACCUCUUCUGUGUUGGGAAGGGAAUACUCUCUUUCACCAAUUCAGUGUUUGUGCCCUAUCCCUGUAUUAGACCUACCACACUGUCAUCUUGAAUAUUUGCAGGAACAUCAAAUACAAAAUGCCCAUCUUACAUGAUUUCUUUCAGGUUAUUUUAGAACUAAAUUAACUUUAUAAUCCCAAGUUACAGAUAAGGUCUUGGAAAAGGUAAUGGAAUUGAACAAUUUCUAAAGAUUGCAAACCCUGAGUGACACAAAGGUUCUUCUUGUCAUUCUUUAAUUUUUUGUUUUUGUUUUUUGCAGAAGGACAUUUUGACUAAUCAGAGACAAAUGAUGGAGAAAAUUGAUGUUUUAGACUCCAAACUUGAAAAGCUGCAGUCUAAUAACCAAUCCUCACCGUCAACUGUAAUGGAAUUGUUGGCUAAGAUCAAUGAAAGACUCGAUCAGCUCAGCAAGAAUGCAUCCCAUGCUUGUUGUGGUGGACCUAUCAUUCUUCAAACAACUCGUCAUGCCAAUGUUGUACAUCAACCUGUCCUUGAUCCCUGUCUAUCUUGUAGAGACAUGAUAAGAAACGACAGAACUGAAAUUUUACCAGUAGCUCCUUCAGAAGAUAAUAUCUCAAGCAUCUCAUGUCCUUUAAACACAAAUUCUGAAUCAACAAAAACUUCAAAUGUAAAUAGUACAGGGAAUGAUUCUUCCAAGUGUGUUUCUGGGCAACAACAUUGUGUGGAUUUUGUCUCCGACAAGCAGAAUGAUUCUUACCCUGAACCACAAAUUAUGGUUACCAGCCAUCACACAUCUUCUCCAAGAGUUACCUCAAGUGUUCAUGGUGCACCUCCUGAAGAUCUCUCUGAACCACCAAAAAACAAUAAAGGUAGUGUUCUGAAAAAGGUGUCUUGUGUAUCAGAAAGUGAGGACAUUUCACCAAGUAUGUCAAGUGAACAAACUUCACCAGCCACUAAACAUUCUUCAAAGACAGAUGCUUAUAUUUUUCUCAGUAAAGAAAGUAGCUCCAUGCCAAAGGGAUCCCAAUGUAAAACUGUAGUUGUUAGUCAACCUUCAAUCAGUGCGAUAAACAACUCUCCUCCAUCAGCAAAAGAAGUUUCAAAUUUUUCAAGACAACAGCGAAUUUCAUCCUCUCAAACUGAGUGCAGAAAUGUGUCUUCUCCUUCAUGUACUCAACAUUUUAUAACAGCAUCCACACAUGUUCCUUCUGUAAGCAGGUCACAAGUGCGAAUUACACCCUUGUCUGAGCCAUCUUUCAGUGGUGGUGAGAUUGUGUUAUCUAACAGCCAUGCUGUUGGAAAAAAUCCAUCAUCACAUGCAACAGAAAUGCAGCUUGAUUAUAAAUCCACGGCAACAGUUUUUCCAGACACUUCAUGUACUGUCUCCAGCCUGUCAUCUGGACCGAGCCAUUUUACUCCACAACACGCCAUCUUGGUGGCUAAUGGCUCUACCAGCAGUACACCAUCACGUAAUACAUGUGAUAAACCCUCUUCAGGUGUUCAAGUGCUUCAAGAACCUUCACCUCCAGUGCAAAAGAACAUUCCGCCAGGUUAUAUAGCCCUCUCACACACUCCAACUGUUCCCCCAUCUCCAAGCACACCAAACAACACAACUGCAUGGCAGCCUCAAACAGUGAUGUCAACAGGGUCUAGUCAUGCCAUGCAUCAAAGAACAGAGUUCCACAGUUCCCCAGCCUCACAUGCCAUUCUUUCAACACCUGGUGAGUGAAUUUAGACAUGCAUGCAGGUAAUAGGUACACAUUAAGACAUGUGACUCUAAUCGUUUUCAAGCCCAAUAUUUCUGGUGGAAUCAUACAAAAAAGAAAAAGGAAGUCAAAUUAAAUGACAAAUUAAAUAAUGAAAGAAAACUAAUAAUACUUAUCAUAUCUCUUUAUGAGGGCAGAUACAGUUGUUACCACCAAAUUAAUUAUAUAUAAAUUAUUUUUAAUCUUGUUUCAGUCUUUGUCAAAAUAAAAAGAAUGUGGAUUAUCCUUUGGUUUAUCAAAAUAUUAUAUUUUGCAAGAUUUGGUAGAAAUGGGUGUUCUUAAUUCAAAUUUACAGGACAUCUAAAUUGCAGAAAUAAGUCAUCAACUGAAAAUGGUUCUAAACCCAUUUUAAAGACAUAGGAAAAAUUUGCAAAGAGAUGAAUCUUAUGCAUUGAUGCCAAUUUUUAUAAGAAAAAAAAAAAAAAGGAAAAGAAAAAUGAAUGGACAGGACUUUUCUUUGACUUUUAUUUCUUGUGCUAAUGGAUUUUUUUUUGCUCUCCAGAUGAAGUUAGCGGUAGACAAGACAAAGUCUCAAGACGGGAUGUUCUCAGUGCAGGUACAUGUAUUAUCAGUUUAUCCCUUAAACUCCCUGUAUUGAUUAACAUGUAACUUCUCCCUUUAAUAUCCAUGCAUUAUCCAACAAAUAAGUAAUGAGAAUAUUGAAAAUUUUCGGAUAAAAGUUGUUAUCUGGAUUUAAAACUAAAUUCUCAUUACUAAUUUAUAAGGAAAUGUUUAGCAGCUAGAGGGGAGAAUUCACAAUCAUAUCUUGUAAGUGAGAGGGUUAACAUUUAUAUUGACUAAGUUUUGCAUUCAGUGACUUGAAACAGUGAGGAAAAUGGGAACAGUCUACCUUUGAUAUUUUUAGGCAAGAUUUUGAAUGAGAAGCUCAAACCUUAGACUUUCUGUUUAAGAUUUUUAAAUUAAAGUAACUGAUUCCUGUUAUUGUUCUCGCUUUCAGCCAUGUUACUCAGUACCUAUGUCUCAGAACACCCUAAUCAACAGGAUCAAUUACACUGGCAGUCCUGCCUCAAUGCAAUAAUCGCAGAUAAUCAAGGAAAAAACCAAGAUCAGCCUAGACAAGAUCUUUCACAGCUUGGUAAGAGUGUCAUUUUUUGGAGCAUGUCAUGUUGGUGUAUGAUCAUGUUCCCAUAACCAAAGAUUUUAUUCCAGUUUCAGUGGGUGGUAGUCCACACGUCCUGAUGAUUCAACAUGAACUAGAAGAUGUCUACAAGAAAUGCAGAACUCGUCCACAGUUCUUUUCCCUGCGCUUGGCUGAGAGGCUAUUUGGACUUGAUGUAAUGAUGAAAUCCACGCCUAAUGGGAUUGGAGGAAAAGCAGCUCUAAACCCAACAAUUUUGGAUGCAAUCAAAAGUAAUUACUUAUAUCUUAACCCUCUAUCUCCCAAAAGUGAUAAACAUGAAACUUCUCCCCAUAAUAUCCAUACAUUAUUCAGCAAACAGGUGAUGAUAAUAUUCAAACUUAUCAGGUAGAAGCUGCUAUCUUGAUCUAGCACCAAGUUCUCAUAACUAAUUUUCAAGGAAAUGUGUAGGAGCUAGUGGGAAGAAUUAAGAGAAUUAACAAUCAGAUCUUGGGAGUUGAAGGGUUAAGUGAAGUAAAGUGUCAACAAACAUUUGCAGAAGCACACUGCUAAAACUACAGCCUGGCCAGCUUGAAAAAUCCUGUUUUUAAUUAACCCUUUAAAUCACAAGAUCUGAUUGUUGAUUCUCCCUUCUAGCUGCUACACAAUUUUUUUGUCAAUAAGUUAUGAGAAUUUGAUGUUAGAUCAAGGUAACAACUUCAACCUGAUAAUUUUGGGUAUUCUCAGUACCUGUUUACUGGAUAUUGUAUAGAUAUUAUAGGGAGAGGUUACAUGUUAAUCACUUCUGGGAGUUAAAGAGUUAUUAAGUAAAAGAGUAAAUACCUUCAUUGGACCCUCAGAAGAAGGCCUUAGGUUAUUGCCGGUACUUAGUUUUGAUAGACAGGGUGAAAGACAAAUGAAUACAAGGGGAGAUUUGGUGUCAGAUCAAGAUAACAACUUCUACCUGAUAACUCUGAGUAUUCUCAUUACCUGUUUGCUGAACAAGGUAUGGAUAUUUUAGGGAGAAAUUACAUGUUAAUCACCUCUGGUAGUUAAAGGGUUAAUAAGACUAAAUUAUCUCAUAGGGUUAAAGACAGACAGGCAGAAAGAUAAACUUUUUAACUGAUUGACUGAUUGACAGAUCAUUGCAUCAAAACUAAUCAUCUAAUUAUAAUAAAACCCACAAUUUUCUAACUUUGUUUGGAUCACAUGUUUGAAAAAGAAGCAAAUAUCUGUAGGUACUGGUAUAUUACUCUUGAAGUUGUGAAAAAUGUUAACUUGGUUUCUCUGUUUAUCUCUUUUUAGCUGAAGUCCUUCAGAGGUUUGGUUCAGGAGUGUCUCCUGAACAACAGACUGAGAUGUGGAAAGGCUGCAUGACCAGUAUUGCUCAGAGGUGCAAAAGACUCCGAAAUCCACGGAGGAACAGGUCACCAAUAGUCACAGUAAUCAGUAAUGACAAUGAAGGGCCGCCUUCUAUGGCAGUGGGAAAAGAAUUGCAUCUUAACAUGGCUGGAAAUCCUCAAACUGAGUCAGAUGAUGAAGAUGAGGAAUUUGAUAUGGAUAAUUUGAAUCAUCCAAGUUCACAUAAAACUCCAACUCUAGUCAGAUUGUCAUCUGACAGUGAACAAGAGGAUUCACAUGGCAGCAUUCACAAUGUUUCUUGUAGGAGUGGAAACAUUAAGAUUCACAACGUGAAACAAUUGGAAGACUCUGGAAAGCAGAUGAAGCCAGCUGUUAAUUCAAGGGAAGAAUCUGGGGAUGAGGGAGCAGCUGUACAUGUUCCUCCAGGCAUCGACCCAGACAUAACAGUUGUUCACUUGCCAUCCACUCUGGAAACAGCAUUACAGCCUAAAGAAUUAAACAAACAACUGGGCAUAGCUCUCUCUCGAGCCAAUGGAGCAGACACCUUUAUCAGAUUGAAAGAAAGUGAAAGUUCUGAUGCUCAUCCCACACAUAUUCAGGAACCCUAUAUGCAGACAAGAGACACUGUGUCACCUGGGCAUAAUUUACCUGUUGCUUGCAAAUAUUCUGGAGACCGUCCACCUGUAGAAGGAAAUAUUUACAAGCCUGGUGGGACAUCUGCUGAAAAUAUCAUAGUGUCCGGCAUUAAAAUGACUCCAGACUGUAAGUUUAUGUAAAUUAUAGGCCUAUAUUUUACAGUGAAUGUACUAUAACCACUUAAAAUACUUAGAGUAACAGUACUGCUCAGGAAUUCGAAACCCAAAUAAUUUGACCGGAUUCAACAGGGUUGGUAUGGGUCCUGGAAAACCUGGAAAAUCCUGGAAUUUUAUUUCGACAUCUCCAGGACUGGAAAAAGACCACAGGUACUGGAAAGUCCUGAAAAUCUUCUUAACUCAAGGGAUAGAGUUUUUAGAAUUUUGCAUGUCCAAAAUGUAUUUUAGACCAUAAGGAGGAUUGAUUUUGAACUCUUGGGAAUGAAAGGGUUGAAGGUGACCUGGAAAAAUUAAUCUGAGUCCAGGAAAGGUCCUUGAAAUUUCUUCCUGAAAAAGGGUACAAACCCUGCACAUGUGUGUGAGUAUUGUGCACAUCCACCAAAUGAAUGCAAACUUGAACAAUGUUUGCUCUUUGACUUUGAUUUAGCUGACUUUCUCUUUCCUAAAGAUCUACAUGUAUUUUGCUGUGCAGCUAUGUUAUGUGGUGCUUUUAUCUGUGAAGUUUCUCGCUUCAUGGUUCAGACAUUUUUGUGCAAAGGCAGCACUUAGAGCUGCAGUUCAAUGUUUUCAGUUCAACCAUCCACCUUUAUUCUGUGCUCAUUAAUCUUUAAGAGACCUAAAAUUUGGCAAUACGAAUGGCUUGAGUGCAAAUACUGUGUGUUGAAGGUUGUCCUUCUUUUUAGCUGUCAUGGUUAACUGUUUGGUUCUGGAUUGAUGUUAUCUUUUCCAAAAUGCAUAAGUUGAGUAGACAAGUAAGUUAGCAGCCUCAACAAUUGGCUGAUGAGUUAUUCCAUUAACAAGAAUUUAUGUUUCUUGAACAACUGUGACUGGCCCUUUCAUCAUGAUUUUGAUCCAACUACAAAACGGUGUCAAUAAAUCUUUUGUAACAGGCCGUGCUCUUGCUGAAACUUUCACAAGGUAGCAUACUUGUUCAACGACAUGUCCCAAUGGCCAAUCUGAAAGUACCAAAAUACAGUCUUUUCUAUUUCCCAGUAGAUCAUACUACAAGUAUUAUCCCCCACAAAAAUAUCCCAAAAGUUGUUCAGGAAGAGUUGAAAAGUCAAGGUCAACAUGCAGAGAUUCUCCGAAUAAAGGGUACGUAUCUAAUCUCUUGCUUUAAUCGUUAUUUUAUUUUAUAUUUUCAUUGUGCACAUCUGCAUUUAUGGCAGAUGUACCGUAGACCUAUUAUUGGGUAUUUGUUUUUUUUUUUUUUAAGUUAUUUUCAUCGUCCUUUUGAGGUUGCAGGCUUCCCUCUCAGAAGGAUCGACUAAUUGAGACUGUUUUUUUAUGUUUAUUUCUUCUCUAGAUGAUUCUUCUAAAUUGAGUCAAAUAAAAGUAAAGUAUAUUUACCUGGAGGAUUCUGGAAAUGCCCGUCUUUUCAUACAGCAAGACCAGGCCAUAGAGACACCAGGCGAGGCAAAUGCCGCACCAGAAAAGCCCCGUGUGCAUUUGCAACAGCCAUCUACUCAACCAGCACCUCAGGAAUUAGCAAAAGAUGAUGAUGCUACACUCCUUCUACUUCACUCACGGUCAGCAUCAGAGCAAAACUUUGCAGUGCAAUUGCUGCGUCAUUUCUUUAAGCCACAUGAACUUGAUGGCCGAAAUGUUAGAGGAGUUGGGGGAAAGCUUGCCUUAAAUCCUGAAAAAAUCAGUAAAAUCAAAGGAAUUGUAUUUAGGUUUUUUCCAUCCUCUCUUGCACAGCAAGAACUGUUGUGGCGUGAUUGUCGAAGAGCAAUUGACGCAUAUCUACGUAAUAGAAAGCCCAGGACUUCUGUUGGGUCAAAGCUUUCUUCUUGA